UUUGUCACACGUAUGUUUUAUGUUGUAAUUUGUUACUUGUUAAAGGCUACUUAAUUCUAUUAUUCCAAUGUAACAACAUGCCCCACUAUUGGUGUGUUAAGCAAAUCAAGCCUCUGUUUAUUUUAUCUUAAGUAAAAAGUGUGACAACUAGCCCCGGUCUCUCCUUCAAAUGUAGGUGUGUUAUUGUCAGUAGUGACACAGGUCUUAACUGACUUGAUCUGGUUUGUGCUCAACCUGUGGGUGUGUGCCUUUCGUUUGGGAAGUUGUUUAGUCAGAAUAUAUGAAAAAAAAUUCUGAAAAGAACUAGUUCUGCUUUCAGCUCAGAUGCGCCUAAAAAUAAAUGUUUUUAUUGGUGUUUUAUAUCACCUUUAUAGCACUGAGUAUGCAAAAACAUGGGCUAUUUUGAUUCCUGAACAACUAAAUUUAACCUGGAUUUUACAUGUUCAUAUUAUCACAUUCAAUAAUCAUUUUCAAACCUAUUAAAUUUGCUAUUAAACAUUCCUUUUUUUUUUUUUUUUCAUGAGGUUCUUAAUCUGAUUCAUAGUUAAAGCUUAACUAUAAGCAUACAGAAUGAAACUGGGAUCUGCACCCUGAUGCAAAAACUUGAUACUCUGGUUUGCAUUCCUGUACACUAGGUCAACACUGUUAUGGGAUUUUCACACUAAUUAUGGGUUAAUUUGAAAACCUCUGUCAAAAGGUGGUUAGUACUUUAUCCCUAGGUUAUAACUUUAAUUGUGGUGCCAAUAGUAUGUGAUACAAUACAACAUGUUGUUUAGCGACAGGCGGUCAUAAAUUACCUCAGUACAUAAUAAUCACACACUUCGCACAGUAACAAACAUUCACAUGCAUGUGAUUUCAGCAUGUGCGCAUCUUAAAUGUUGAUAUCAGUCAUAUUUACUGGAAUGAUGAGUAUUAUUUUAUGAAUAUAUUAAUUUACGAACAGACUGACCUAGCCAUAUUCGCACAGAUGUUAUCAACCUCAUAAAAACGCAAAUAAGAAUAGUAGCCUGAGGUUUACAAUUGUACAUUGUGUUAAUUACUAACCCAAGAUCACAUAUGAACAUUGUAAAAAAUGGACCAAGCCUAACAUAUGAAAUAAUUGUCAGGAAAAAACUAAUUUUUUGAAAUGGAACAGUUUAUCUAACCUUUAGACAAAAUAUUAUUGCGUUUUUUGUUGAGUUUCAUAUUAUGCUUUAAUGGCUCAUAUAAUGAGAAUAUGGAGCUCACGCUUGAGGAGGAAAUUUUUUUUUAUUGCCAUUAUUGUCGAUUUAGCAUUUGGUGCAGUUUCUGAUAUUUAUAUGACCUAAAAGUCAAAUGAAUUAAGAGAUCAAAUGAAAGACGUACAAAUAAAUGUCAAAAAGCCUGAUGCAUAAUAUUCGAUACUCACAUUUUAACAUGAUUUUUCUAAAAAAAUAUGUACGGAUAAUAACGUAAACCUAAGUUGCUUUGGUCCAGUGAAUGUUUAUCUUGAAAUAUUACUAACAAUAAAAUUAGUAAGUUAUUCUUACGCUUAUAGGGUUAGUUCACCCAAAAAUGAAAAUAAUGUCAUUUAUUACUCACCCUCAUGCCGUUCCACACCCGUAAGACCUUCGUUAAUCUUCGGAACACAAAUUAAGAUAUUUUUGAUUAAAUCCGAUGGCUCAGUGAGGCCUGCAUAUUUAAAUCAGUUCAUGUGAGUACAGUAGUUCAAUAUUAAUAUUAUAAAGCGACGAGAAUGAGUAUGUUGAAUCAGCGGUUCGGAGUGCCAAAGUCACGUGAUUUCAGCAGUUUGGCGGUUUGACACGCGAUCCGAAUCAUGAUUCGACACGCUGAUUCAUAACGCUCCGAAUCUUCCUGAAGCAGUGUUUUGAAAUCGGCCAUCACUAUAUAAGUCGUUAUUUUGUUUUUUUGGUGUACCAAAAAUAUUCUCGUGGCUUUAUAAUAUUAAUAUUGAACCACUGUACUCACAUGAACUGAUUUAAAUAUGUUUUUAGUACAUUAAUGGAUCUUGAGAGAGGAAAUGUCAUUGCUGGCUAUGCAGGCCUCACUGAGCCAUUGGAUUUCAACAAAAAUAUCUUAAUUUGUGUUCUGAAGAUGAAUGAAGGUCUUACAGGUGUGGAACGGCAUGAGGGCUUUUCUUCCAUUUUCUCUUAAUCUGCUCUAAGGCUGUACACGAUGAGUGACGGCACAGAGAAACCCCAUGGCAGCAAAAAAGGGCCCAAUGCCAAGCUGAAAAGAAAGGGCAGCUUCCACCUGGAAACUUCAGAGGGGCGAGAGAAGCCUCUUAGGAGAAGCCGCAGCAAUGAGGCGGAAAACCGGCGUCGUGAAGGUAGCCGAAGUAGAGAACGGGACCGGAAGGAGGGCGGAAAGCAACAACGGGGUCGCAGCGAGGAGGGAAGGAAGCGAGACCAAAACCACGAGCCUGGACACCACAAGACGGAGCAACCCAGAGACGAACUGCAAGACACAGAGUGCAUUGUGUGCUUCUGCAGCUUCGACAACGUCUUCAAGGCCCCAAAGUUACUUUCCUGCGGACACACGUUUUGCCUGGAAUGCCUGGCACGCAUCAACGUCAAUUCUCCAGAGCUCAAGACGCUGACUUGCCCCAUCUGUCGAGAGCUGACGGAAAUCCGACACGGCCGAGAUCUGCCUCAGCUAGGAAAUAACGAAGACAUCUUCCGGAAACUUCCGGCCGAGAUGCAAAGGGCACUUUCUGUGCGUUUUAAACGCAGCAAAGGCAAACUCAUCCUCAAGAAUCCUCCAUCAAACAGCUCCAUUAAGACCAGCUUAAGCCUGCCGGUGUCAAAGAAGAAAGAGGAGCAGGCCGGUAAUAACCCACUUGGAGUCAUGGAGGAAGGUCUCGGCCAGGCGACCAUGAUUGAUGUUGGAAGACCUCCCAGCAGGAUGAGGGGUCGUAUAAGAAGGUUAUUAUAUUCCAAUCAGUGCUAUUAUGCCGUACUUGCAGCCAUUAUCAUAAUCACUGUGGCUCUGAUGCUGGUAGGCAUCUUCACCUUUGUGGUGAUGCCCUUUAUUCAUAAACCAAUAAGUCCAUUCCCAAACCAAACUUCUCCAGACCCAUCGCCUUAAGGGGUGAGGAAACGCACAGCACUCAAGAAGGACGACUGGCAAAGCAAAACGAGCUAGAUUCUUAGUGGAGCCUGUUGCAUUGUAUACAACACUGCAUUUUUGUUUGCUUUUGUGUAAGAAGCUUCAGACAGGCUCAAUAGGAAUGAACUGGAAAAACUUGAACAUAUGAUACACUGAAGGCUGUUGAGCAUGGACAUAUUUUACACAGACUGAGACAUUAUUGUGCAAAGGUCUUUAGAACAAGAGACAACGAUGACAUCUAUUUGACAAGUGAUGAAUUGUGCUUUUCAAACUAUUGAUAAAUUUCGUUUUUUGUUGUUUUUUUUUUUCAAAAAGGGCUGGAUAAUAUUAAUUAAUAAUAUUAUUGUACAAUAUUACUAUGCCAUUUGAUUUAAUGAAGAAGUGUGUUUUUUCAUGUACUGUAUUUCUUAUGGUUUGUAGUAUUGACGCACGGUAAGGACAAAACUGUGACGACUCACCAGUGCAAAUAAUCUCAGUCUAAAAAUGUAUAUAACAACACAAAUGAAGCUCAUAAAUGUUCUUUCUCAUGUUGGAAAAACAUUUAUUAGAAAUAUACAAAAAGUAUAAGUCUUUGACUUACGCUGCACAUAAUGUAAAUAAUAUACUCUGAUAUGUAUAAUUAUAAUGUAUAUUCAUAGUUUUUUGUUCUUUUGCACAAAUGGGGAGAGGCAAAAAAGUGGAAAAUAAAGUUUUAGACCAUUUUCUGGUUGGGUGAAUAUAUACACUCAAAAAUUCAAUAUAUAAAUUGAAUAUAAACAAUUCAAAAUUUACGUCUCAACCAACAAAUUACACUGAGUUAGAGGAACUUAAUUUUGUAGCAUAAACACUGAUUCAAAAUAUAAUUACUUAUAAAUGUUCCAAAUAGUUUCAACAUAAUACAAAACAUUUCAGUUUAAAUUUCACACAAUAUUAAGUUGAUGUAAUGAUUAGUAUAUGUCAAUAGAACUAAUCAAAAUAAACUUUGCAACUUAAAAGGUUUAAUUAAGUCAAUAAAUUUGAAUUUUUAUCUUGAAAGCAUACAUUUAAUCAGGUUGUGUUCCUCUGAAUUACUUUUUAGAGUGUACCUACAAUUAUAAGUUCACCAAUGAUAAAAAAAGGAAAAUGACCAGAAGUACACAGCACACAUAACUGAUGCAGCAAUCAGAAAACAUCGGCAGCGGCUAUUUGCACGGCUAUAGCGAUGGAUGCUAUUUACACUAAGUGCAAAUAGCGAUAGAUGCCAUGUACAAAGUGCAAAUAGCGAUAGAUGCCAUGUACACUAAGUGCAAAUAGCGAUAGAUGCCAUGUACACUAAGUGCAAGUAGCAAUAGAUGCCAUGUACACUAAGUGCAAAUAGCGAUAGAUGCCAUGUACACUAAGUGCAAGUAGCGAUAGAUGCCAUGUACACUAAGUGCAAGUAGCGAUAGAUGCCAUGUACACUAAGUGCAAAUAGCAAUAGAUGCCAUUUACACUAAGUGCAAAUAGCGAAAGAUGCCAUGUACACUAAGUGCAAAUAGCAAUAGAUGCCAUUUACACUAAGUGCAAAUAGCGAUAGAUGCUAUUUACACUAAGUGACAACAGCAAUAUAUUCUAUUUACACUAAUUGACAAUGGCAGCAUUUUCUUAGCGAUAUGCUAUUUACACUAGGUGAAAAUAUUCAAUUCAAUUCAUAUUUAUUUGUAUAGCGCUUUUCACGAUACAUAUCGUUUCAAAGCAGCUUUACAGAGAAUGCAUGUCAACAUUACAAUUUAGAGAAUCUGGUAUCGGAGGUGACUGUCCAAUGUAUGUGGUUUCAGAAAUGUACAUAUAAUCAUGCAGUUAGCUAACAAUGUAAUAAUUUAGGCAAUUUAAUUUACAAUCACUGUUAGCAGUUUAAUUGAAGGUAGAAGCAAUGAGCUCCUGGAAAUAAUGAAUUACAUAUUAACAAUAAUUAGGAUAUAUAGAAAUUUGGGAAUGUGCAUGUUGAUCCAGAUGUUGCGUCAUCUGAAGUCCUCGCAGGAGUUGGCGCCGUCUCUUCAAAGGUGUUGGUCAUCUGAGGUCUUCAUAAGGGGCAAAAAUAAAACAGAAAAGCAAAUGGAGAAUAAUUAGCGUAGCUGCUGUUCAUAACAUUAAGCAAAGAUAGUCAUGUGCAUUUGAUCUGAUUUGAGAUGCAUUAUGUGAAUGCUUGGCUAAAGAGAUGUGUCUUUAAUCUAGAUUUAAACUGGGUGAGCGAGUCUGAGCCCCAAACAUUAUCAGGAAGGCUAUUCUAGUGUUUAGGAGCCAAAUGUGAAAACGCUCUCCCUCCUUUAGUGGACUUAGAUACAACCAGAAGUCCAGAGUUUUGUGAUCUUAAAGAGCAAGAAGGAUUGUAGGGCAAUAGAAGAUCAGUUAAGUACACAGGAGCUAAACCAUUUAGAGCCUUAUAGGUCAGGAGCAAUACUUUAUAAUUGAUAUGGAACUUAAUAGGUAACCAGUGUAGAGAUAAAACUGGUGUUAUAUGAUCAUAUUUUCUUGACCUGGUAAGAACUCUAGCAGCUGCAUUUUGGACCAAUUGUAGCUUGUUUAUUGAGGAAGCAGGACAACCAGCUAGUAAUGCAUUACAGUAAUCUAGUCUAGACGUCAUGAAAGCAUGAACUAUCUUUUCUGCAUCAGAAACAGAUAACAUAUUCUGUAGCUUAGCAAUGUUUCUGAGGUGGAAGAAGGCUGUUUUUGUAACAUAUGAGAUAUGAUUUUCGAAGGACAAGUUGCUGUUAAUAUAACACCCAGGUCUUUAACUGUGGAGGACGGAGUAACAGUACAUCCUUCUAAAUGCAAAUUGUAGUCUGAGAGAUUCUGUGUACAGGUUUUUGGUCCAGUAAAUAAUACUUCAGUCUUAUCUGAAUUUAAUAGAAGAAAAUUACUAGAAAUAGCGAUAGAUUCUAUUUACACCAUGCAAAAUUAUCAGUUCUUUGCAAGAAAUUAGAUGCUAUCUAUAGCCUACUUCAUACUGGUAGAUACUAUUUGCACCUUAGUAUUUUUGUACAUUAACAGGAUGCAAUAAUAUCAUAGAGUGUAAAUGAUUAUAUUUAUUAAAAUUAUUAAUUGGAUGCUGCCUUAUUGGGAGAAUAAAAACCCUCCCUACACCUUCCCCUACUCAAUACUUUUUUCAAUUCAAUUCACAUUUAUUUGUAUAGCGCUUUUCACAAUACAUAUCAUUUCAAAGCAGCUUUACAGAGAAUGCAUGUCAACAUUACAAUUUGGAGAAUGCAGUUAGCUAAUAAUGUAAUAAUUUAGGCAAUUAAUAUACAAUCACUGUUAGCAAUUUAAUUGAAGGUAGAAGCAAAGAGCUCCUGGAAAAAUGAAUUACAUAUUAACAAUAAUUAGGAUAUAUAGAAAUUUGCGAAUGUGCGUGUUGAUCCAGAUGUUGCAUCUUCUGAAGUCCUCGCAGGAGUUGGCGCCGUCUCUUCCAAAGUUUUAGUCAUCUGAGGUCUUCUUAAGAGGCUGGAUCCAAACUGAAACUGAUGUACUCGGGCGUCCCGAGGUAAAACGGAAAAGCAAAUGGAGAAUAAUUAGCAUAGCUGCUGUUCAUAACAUUAAGCAAAGAUAGUCAUGUGCAUUUGAUCUGAUAUGAGAUGGAUUAUGUGAAUGCUUGGCUAAAGAGUUGCGUCUUUAAUCUAGAUUUAAACUGGGUGAGCGAGUCUGAGCCCCGAACAUUAUCAGGAAGGCUAUUCCAGAGUUUAGGAGCCAAAUGUGAAAACGCUCUCCCUCCUUUAGAGGACUUAGAUAUCCUAGGUACAACCAGAAGUCCAGAGUUUUGUGAUCUUAAAGAGCGUGAAGGAUUGUAGGGCGAUAGAAGAUCGGUUAAGUACACAGGAGCUAAACCAUUUAGAGCCUUAUAGGUCAUUAGCAAUACUUUAUAAUCGAUACGGAACUUAAUAGGUAACCAGUGUAGAGAUGAUAAAAUUGGUGUUAUAUGAUCAUAUUUUCUUGACCUGGUAAGAACUCUAGCAACUGCAUUUUGUACUAAUUGUAGCUUGUUUAUUGAGGAAGCAGGACAACCAGCUAGUAAUGCAUUACAGUAAUCUAGUCUAGACGUCAUGAAAGCAUGAACUAACUUUUCUGCAUCAGAAACAGAUAACAUAUUCCGUAACAUAUUCCGUAUCACCUCAAAACUCCGUAUCAAUAAACACUUAGUAUUAUUAAACACAGUUUAUUUCCACUUUUAGAACAUUAUUUUCAUUUUUAUUGAAAAUAAAUGCCUUUCUAAUGUGAUAUGUCAUGAGAAAAUGGAGAAGAGUGAGCUCGGCAAAAGGCGGAUCCGAACCCACGUCGAUUACAGUAAAAGCCAGGUCAGCGCAUGAAAACGGCUGUUUCAGCAGGACUUUAGUUUCAUAAAUAAGGGUUAUAACUAAUGUAGGAUAUAAUUCCAUAUACAAAAUGAAAAAAUAAUGCAUUGCAUGUCUGUUCUGAUGUAGUAGGGUAAAAACGAUGCUUAAAUGCAAAUAAUAAAAUGCAAGUAAUCUAACUUGCGUAGUUAGAAUAACAAACAAAAAAAGAAGACAUAACAUUCCUGAUAUAUUUUGUUGAUGCCAAGGCCAUGCAUUCAGUCAAACUCGCAAAUUAUCUGUAUAUCACUGUUGGACAAUAUGGAUACUAAAAUACAUGUUGCGCUGCAAAAUUGUAAGUUUCCCUAGCAGAAAAAAAACAGCAUAUGCUGGUUAGAUAUGUUUUGAAGCAUGGAAGCUGGUUUGAGCUGGUUUAUGCUGGUCAAGUGCUGGUCCCAAGAUGGUCCUAAGCAACUACCUCCAGCUCAGGACCAGCACUUGACCAACUUAAACCAGCUCAUGACCAGCUUCCAUGCUUCAAAACAUACCUAACCAGCAUAUGCUGUUUUUUUCAAUAGGGUUCUGUGUCACAUUGUACAGAGUAAAUCACACAAUUUCCUACAUACUAGGUAUCCAUCAAUAAGUGAGCUCAGAUGCCCUCCAGUGUACAUUCUGUACACUGCAUUCACAAGUUACAGACUGUUUCAAGAAGUCUGAUUUUGUUUUCAACAUUCUUCUAAAAUACAGGCCUACCUGUCCAGUUGUCCUGACAGUUAAAAAUAUAAUGUGCAAAAUCACAAAUGUUUAUUUAUACAACAUAGCCAGUAUCUGUCAAGAUCAUAUGAGUAUGUUUCCAAUAUAGGUCAAGAGGCCCAAUCAUAUUUUUGCUCUAUAAAUGGUCUGUUUAUGGAGGAUUGGGGUGUGGUGGAUUCUGGCCUUCCUAAUUUAUUAAAAUGUAUACAUAUUUCCUUUUAUAUAAUAUGUAUAGGGGUUUUCAUGCUAAAUAUACAUAUAUGGUGGAAAAAACUGUUAUGCUAGAGGCAGCAGGCUACAAACAAGUCAUUUAGGUUGGCCAAAAAAAGAAACCUUUACACAGAUUGAUUUCUUUUAAGUACCUUAAAAUUAAAGGUAGUGUCCUCCUCUAAAAAUAACUGUAUAAUUCGCACACUGUGUACACGAGGGAGGCAUGUGAAGCACACGAUAUUGGCCACAGGCAACUUGAAUAACCAACACCCCUCGAUCUGACGCAAGCCCUGUGGCAAGACUACACAUAAUAACGCUUUAUAAGUCAUUCAGAGUCAAAUUCGGGCUCUGGGGUCGCUUAUAUCAGCAUCACAAGGUAGGACUGCAUGUAAAAGGACCACAAGAGUCCUAAAAUAAAGUCUGCGAUGGCUUCGACACCCUCCGCUUCAGCCCUAUCGGCUGUUCUCCGGUGCCAGGGGAAUAUCCUUGCCCGAAAACAGGCGAACAAGAAGCGGACUCGAGCUUCAGCUUACGGGCUCGGGAUUACAAAUGGAGAUUCGGUCAAAUCUUAUUUUCGCUCUCUUUGGGAAUUCUUAUUUCCCAGGAAGCGAGUGGAUAUUCCCGGAGUUCUGCCUGUGACAGCGCGAUUUGAAACGUCCUGUUCAGGAAAAUCUUCGAUAAGAAAUUGUGAAUCCAAAGAUCAUCUGGUCAGAAACUCUCCAAAGUUUGACAACAAAAUUUUGUCUAUGAAAGCAUCCAGUGCAAAUCAAUGGCCAAAGACGAAAGCGAUGUCGGACUAUAGUUUUUCUUUUAAAUCUCAACGCUGUAGUGUUUCAUCCAAAACCAACCUGGUGCUUCGACUGGAUGGCUCGCAUUUACGAAAACUAAACUCGGAUAACCCAUGGACUUCAUGUAUUUGUGUAGUUUGCGCUCGGAGUGUAAGCACACUGGACCACAAUAAUGUGAAUCCGUUGUUUUCUCUCGGCUUGUUGUGGUCUUUAAAGGACAAACUGAUCAAUUUUACAACCGCAGUCUCAGACAGUGUGCGGACUCACCUUGGAAUACACAGGAACCAGCUUCAUCCGGAUUAUAAGUUGAGUGGGUGUGUCAAAUGUACCUCUGAACAUCAUGAGGAUCAACCUAAAACGCUGGAAGGACCUGAACCUGGCGAAUGAGUCUUCGGCUAUAACACUUAUGGAUGACAUGCACAUCACACAAAUGCACUUUUAUACCCAUGAUAGACAGAUGUUCUUUCAUGCACUCUUGUUCACUUCAGCUUUGUGGAAUAUACUCCUGUGUUUUAUACAAUUUAUACUUUUGCCAAAUGUUUUGCACCAGAAUUUCCCUUUAGGGAUAAAGAAGCUAUAAAUAUUACCAAAACUGCUGACCACGAGCAGCCUUUAGGAGGUAACUGAUGCUGCAAUGCACGCUUGACUUUGUGUUUAUUAAUAAAUAGGCCACUUGUUAACAGGUGUGCUGAUAUUCAUUAAAAUAUAGCAUUUUUGCUCCUGUGAUAAGGCUUAAUAAAAGAACAGAAUCAAGAA